AUAAAUAGAAUAAAGAUCUUUCGAUGGCAGAGACUGCGGCCUCCGAAUAUACAUUGUUGGCUAUCAUGUGGAAGGCAGCGCUCGCCCUUCUCUUAUUUAGCGCGUUUUGUGCUGCCGAGGACUCUUGCCCAGAAGUGAAGGUCAUCGGGGUUGGAGACGAGGACAAGCUGGCCGUCCUCCGAGGAUGUCCGGGCCUCCCAGGAGCUGCCGGAGAGAAGGGAGAAGCCGGAGCAAUGGGUCCGAAAGGAGGUCGGGGGGAUCCAGGGAAGGCCGGGCCGGUGGGGCAGAGAGGGGAUCUCGGCCUAAAAGGAGAGAGAGGUGAAAAAGGAGAAAAUUAUAGACCAAAUUCUGGAUACGUUGCCAGGAACUGUAAGGAGCUCCAGGAUCAGGGGGCAGUGCUGAGCGACUGGUACACCGUAUACCCGGAUGGUGAGACCCCCCUGAUGGUCCUGUGUGACCUGCAUACUGACGGCGGAGGCUGGAUAGUUUUCCAGAGACGUUGGGACGGAUCAGUAGAUUUUUUCCGUGACUGGGAUUCCUACAAGAAAGGGUUUGGAAGCCGGUUGAAUGAGUUUUGGUUAGGGAACGACAAUCUCUAUAUGAUCACAUCUACAGGCACCUGGGAGCUUCGUGUGGAUCUCCAGGAUUUUGAAAACAAGAAACAAUUUGCUAAAUAUUCGGCAUUCAAAGUUUCGGGGGAAUCAGAAAAGUAUAAAUUAAAUUUUGGAAGUCUCAUAGAGGGGGAUGCAGGAGAUUCUAUGAAAGGACAAAAUAAUAUGAAAUUUUCCACCAAAGAUCAAGACAACGAUAAGCAUGUAAACAACUGCUCCCUGAUGUUCAAGGGGGCCUGGUGGUACAGCGCCUGCCAUAACUCGAACCUGAAUGGGCUUUAUUUCCUUGGAGAGCACACGUCUAGUUCUACGGGCAUCACCUGGGGCACAGGAAAGGGGCACAACUAUUCCUAUAAGCGCACAGAGAUGAAGAUUAGGCCCGUAUGAUCCAUAAGAAACCAAUGGGACCCUCCAAGUCUCAGUGAGAGAUGCCAGAUCAGCAUCACCCCCCAAUAGAAUACCUGGAAGUGGGUGUGGCCUAUAGCAAAGUAGGAGGAGUUAAUAACUAGUUCGGCGAUGGAUCCUAUACGCUUCAGCCAUCCCAUAGAUAUCACAACUUUUGUAUCAUAUAACUCAAAAUGUUGCUGCAAUUGCUUAAAAAUUUAAAAGAAAUGUAUAAAACAAAAAAGGCAUAAAAAGUACAACAUUGUAUA